GGGGAUAUCAGCCUCACUCAGCCCUCACCAUGCAACGUGUGCCGGGGGAAUGGGGGCUGCCCUGGGCAUGCGUGUUCAGCGCUUGGUGCUGCCUCUCCCCGUCGUCAUUCCUGGGUACAGGAGUGAUUUGGCUGAAGACCAGCAGGAUGCAGCUGGACACGGGGAGGGCUGGAGGCCGGCAGCAGCCGAGAUGGGGCACCGGAGCCCUAAGUCUGUCUUGGGUGCCCAAGGAUGGAAGCCUGCCUGUGGUAUGCUGGAGGAUGGGAAGAAGUUUGAUUCCUCCCGCGACAGGAACAAGCCGUUCAAGUUCGUGAUGGGCAAGCAGGAGGUGAUCCGCGGCUGGGAGGAAGGAGUCGCUCAGAUGAGCGUUGGUCAGCGGGCAAAGAUGACCAUCUCCCCAGAUUACGCCUAUGGCUCUACUGGCCACCCAGGGAUCAUCCCACCAAACGCCACUCUAAUUUUUGACGUGGAGCUCAUGAAAUUGGAAUGAUCUAUCCCAGCACCCUGUCCUUGGGGUUGGCACAUGGAGGAAUCCAGAAUCUCAGCUUCAAGAAGAGUGCACAUGACUUUGUACGGAGCUUUUCCUGAUAGUCCACUACACUCAUUGUAUAACCUUACACCUUGAUUGAAUGCCUUUGGUCACUAAGCUUUGCGUCUGACUCUUCCUCCUUGUAUUGUGUUUUUAUGUCUUUUUAAACUAUACGCCGUAAACCUCAACUCUUUUUGGGUCAAGUUCUUAAUCUUAUUUUUGUUCCAGGUGUAGACUACGUUUUACCAGUAGCACGCAGAUGGGCUGACCUUAGAUAGGAGUCAUUUGAACAAAAGGAAACCCGUUAGCUACUCGUUUUGGUGCAGAUCUCUAUGGUGUUUUCAAACCAGAAAUUGCUGCUGCUGCAAAAGCCAUAGCAGAGUGAGGCUGUCGAGGCUGAAUGGAUGCGGAGAGCAAAGUAGCGCUAGGAUUGUGUUUAGGUAACCCUGCCUGGAACCAGGGCAGCGAGGGAGCGGCCUGUCUUUUCCCUGCUCCCCGGGGAGGGCGCAGCAUCACUGCGGGCACCGUGGGUUUGCUCCCGGGAAGGGGGGGCUGCUCUGCCCCUGCUUCACUCUGCCAUCUCACGGUGGACCUUCCUUCCCCCCCCUCCCCCAGCCCGCUUUCGGAUUUAUGGAGACGGGUUUCCAUCAGAGCUCCACCACACCCUGAAAAUUCAGUAGCUUACAUUGAGCUUUCUUUAAAGAAAAAGGAAAAGAGCAGACAAACGGAAGGUGCUGUCUACAGGGGAGGUGGCGGGGCUGGUGGGGAGUCAGCUCAAAGAAAACGCCCCUGUCCCCUCUCUCCCUCCUGGAAAGGAAACAUCAGACCCCAGUUGUCCCCGGUCUGAGCACACCUGACCGUUCUCUCCUGACACCUGAUGCUGGUCAUCGCCGCUUGUCUGGUCUCAUACGAUGCGUAGCUUCCCCCGCUGCUGUCCUAUCUGCCCCCUCCCUCCCUCCGCCCUGCCUAGUGAUUUGGUAAGAGAAAUUGCCGCCGUUCACUUCCUUCUCCACCGCAUAAAGGUAUCAAGUUUUAUUAUUGCAAUAAAAACGCUUUAUGCUGGCUUUUC